AUGAAGCGCAAGGACGCUGCCGCGGGCUCGACAGCAGACGACGCCGCCUCCGUCGUGACGGGCCGCAGGGGCGCCAAGAAGACGAAGGCGGAGGCAGGAGAUGCGAAGGGCCCCAAAGCAGGUGCCCCGACGCCUGGCACGGCUGGCGAGAUCCCGAAGAAGCUGUCGCCGUGCGCCAGAUGCGGAGUUCAGGCCACAGAGAUUGGCGCUGACAACUGGGCGUUCAUCAUCAUCAAGACUGACAAGAAAGGCGUCGUGACGGAGACGACCAUGUAUGGCAAUGGCUGCAAGAAGUGUUGGUGUGUGUACAAUAUCGGGUUCAGCAUGGACGGCACGUGGGCGCAUGUGUGCCAGCAGUGCCAUCAUAAGAAAGAUUACAACGACGCAUUCGAGAAGGCUUGCGUCGUGUGGGAGAAGUCGACAGACCCGUCUCAGAAGGACUUCUUCCCGCGCCACGUCACCAAGAAUCUCAUGGCAGGGGCGAAGGCGUUCGUCCGCAUGAGAGGGCUCAGGCCGUCGGAGUUCCUGGCGAGGUUCGGCAAGGAAUACCAAGAGCUUGGCUUCGUCGCGAAGGACCUCCCGCAGCCGUUCUACAGCCAGGAGAAGUUCAAGGGCGUCCUCAUCCACGACGACGGCUCCUUCGGUGCCGCAGGCGUCUCGUACGAGCUGUACUUCAACAUCGAGGUUGAAGACCAGGAGGUGUUCGUGGAUCCGUCCCGUCAGCUGUGCGACAAGCACGCCGCCAAGAUGCUGGACUACCUCACCUGCCCGUCGAAGAACGAGGACGCAUUCGUGAAGCUCUGCAGGAACGCAUCCUUGACGGUGGAUGACGUCAACGGGAAGAUCCAGGAACUGGCGGCUCCACCUUGUGCUUCCGAGGCCGCCGUGGAGACGCCAAGUAAGGCAGGUGGUAGUGCUGAUGGUUUUGGUGAGACGCUGUCGGCUGUCAACGUGCCGACUUUGGCAUCCAGAGCAGUUGCCGCCCAGAAGAAGUCCAGCGGCAAGACCAUCGUGGAGGAGAAGGGCCCCGCCAGGUCGCCAGCGAGAUCUCCUCGCGACUCCGACGCCGUGAGGAGCGUACUCGGUGACGACGACAAGCUGAACAUUGACGCGAUCCUCAGCGGCUCGACGAAGCAGGGGCACUCGAGGAGGCGCAUGCGCGAGAAAGAACAAUGA